UUUCCCCGCGGCACGUCAUUCUCGGAAUUUCCGCUCCGUACUAAUAAAUGUUGAUUACUUUUUGUGAAUUUUGCGGCAUUAAUAAAAAUAUUCUAGUAUUUCUAGUGCAUUUCAAACCAGAUUGGAAGAAAGUGUCGACUAUUAUUCUCAGUCCGCAUUUAUUUACCGAAAACCACCGUUAAAUGUGUGAAAAUGUCCUUGAAUCCUGAGACAAUUGAGGAAGACUCGUUUAUUAUUCUGGGUACGUCCCCGGGCACUAGUUUGGACAUAAAGUGCAACGGCAAGGGCGUAGUGAGCGAUGGCCCGCUGAACAAGUCGCAGAUCGAGGAUGCCAUGAAAGACCUGUCUGCUGAGGCUAGCAUGGCAUUUAAGGCCACAUUCAAGCUGGGUGAUUUUCCAUCACCAGCCUCCCUAAUGGUGGCCAGCACCAUAAUCUCCGAAGACAAAAGCACUGAAGAACUCCAAAAGCGCUUCGGAGAGAUCCUCGAUGAGAAUGUCCUUCUCAAAGAAACAUUACAGCAGAAUAAUGAGUCUAUGAAAGAACAGUUCUGUCUGAUAGCGUCGUGUCAGGACGACAUGAUGAAGACGCAUUCCCUGCAUAAGGAGAAGUUUGACGAGACCAGGGAGCUGGUGGAAAAGCUGCGUCAAGAAAACAAGAAGCUCAAGCAAGAGAUAGCCCAGCUAAAAGAGACCAGAGUUAACACCGAAACCGGAGAGGAAGACAAAGUGAAAUCGGGCCCUCCGUCCGCCGUGGAGUUCGUGACGUGCCCUGAUGAUGACACAAUCAAUAAGUUGACAGCACAGUUGGAACUGGUCGAGAAGCAACGACGUCAAGUAAUAGUUGACAACGAGAAACUGACCUGGCAAAAGGAGUCCUUGGAGCACAUUGUGGACGCGACCUCAAAAGAACGAGACGACCUUAAGGAGAAACUCAAAGACGUCGAGUUGCAACUUUCCGGUAAAGACAGUGACCACGCCGCAGAGAUGAACAUAUUAGAGUGCACUAUACAAGACCUCCAGCGCCGUCUGCAGUCUUCCAGCAGCAUUACGAGUCAAUCUUCAGAGGAGAUCAAAAGGCGCGACGCUUUGAUUCUGCAGUUGGAAAUAAAGUUGUCUACCCUUCAGAGUGACUACAAAACUUCUCAGUUGAAGGUUCUAGAACUGGAGAAUGUUAAGAUGGAAUUUUCGAAACACAAAUCCGGAAUGGCCGAGAUAGUGAAAGUAUACAAGGACCAAAUACAAGAUCUCAACAACAGGCUUAAAGAUGCACAGAUCACGCUGUUCCAGCCAGUCCGUCUGUCCAUCAGUCCGGACUCGGAAAGUCCUGGCGAGUUCAGCAGCUACCUCGCCAAUGUCAAAUUAUAUGACAGGACACUGAAGCAUUUGGCCGAGCUGCUAAACGGCUUGGUUCACGGUGCAUCGGACAGCCUAGUGCAAACAAUAGGCGUUGUGGCGAGUCUCCACGAUUUCAAACUAGAGCGAGCGAGCGCGGACCAGGUCCGCGUCGGACUGGCCGGCGUCAGGAAACAACUGGACAAGCAGUACAGCGACGCGCUCAACAACAUUGGCCAAGUUCGCAGCACUCUAACCAUAUUUGAAGGCAUCUUCAAAGACUACAACGAGGUGCUGAAGAAAUCGGUGACAAUGCAAAAUAAACCUUCAGGCGGUCCUAACGUAGAGGCGCUGACCACGGCUCUGCUCGCUAGAGGGCAGGAGGUGUCGUCUCUUACCCUGGAGCUGAAUACACUGCGACACCAAAAAGAGGAAGUCGAUGUACUGAAAGCGCAGUUGGAUCUCUACAAGAGCGACUUCGAAGCCGAGCGCACGGCGCGCGAGAUGAUGGCCGUGGAGAAGGAGCACAUCCUCACCGACCUGCGCACCUGCCAGCGCCGCAACCAGGACCUAGUGCGGAAACAACAACAACUGUCCGAGAGCCCCACUGGUGCCAACAACAGCAUGAGCCCUCAGACCAGACCUAAUACACGCCCCACCGGAUCUCGUCCGACCACUGUUGUCCGAACUGCGACCAGUUCACCAUCUUCGGAUUCUACGCAGGGCAACACUACAGGCAACAUGGUGUACAAGUGCCCGAAAUGCCUGAGAUUCUCGAGUGAACAGUACAAGGCCAUGGAAGACCAUUUCGACUUCUGUUUAGACGACUUUUAAGGAUCAUGGAAACAAUUCUCUUCUUCAAGACUUUUGGUAUGUUCGUCUCCCUGUAUCUUAGUCAGGUUGCCUUUCCACUGCUGCAAUCCAGCGGAAGACAGAUGCUAUUAGUUGAUUCCCGCACGGCUUCUCUCAUCCCCUACUCAGUGGGGAGGCAGCCUUAGACGAUACUUACCUCGUUUUUUAAAGUAAUUUUGUAUUCAAGAAUAUAUCGUACGGCGGAACUUUCUUAGAUAAUAAAACGAUCGGUUUAAAUGAAAUGAAGACGUAUUGGUUUUUCAUAUCUUUUAGAGAUACAAACUUAGAUUGAGAAAAUGUGGGUACAUAUACACUAAGAUUUCCUGUGAUUUUUUGAUUUUGUUCCUUUUCGGUGCUUUAAUUUUUGGCAGAGUAUAAAAUAUUAUUCCCGCAUAGAUUUAAAACGAUUAAUAGAAAGAAAAGCUUAUCAUAUAUAAAAAAUAAUAUUUUUGUAAAAAAUUAGUACAAAUCUUCGUAGGCAAAAUGUAUAAGGAGGGUAGCCAAUGAGGUUGGUUAUACAUAAAUGGAAGGAUCUGAUUGGUUGAUGAAACGUGGCUGUGAUUGGUAGGAAAAGCCAACCUUUUCCGUCUGGUGAGAUGUCAAAAAGAAAUGAAAUUGUAAGUAAUAAAUAAAAUGUAGAAAACUGUAUUAAAUUAUAAACACGUUGUAACCUCAUAGUUUCAUUAGGAAAUUACAUUUUUUGAUGAUUAUUUUGAAUUUCACCGCCUUACAUUAAAUUAGAUUUAUCAUUUCUAUGUAUACUGGGAACUGAAUAAUAAGUAUAAAAGAUUGUGAUUAAAAUAUGUUUUUACUUUUUAUUUGGAUAGAGGCUCAUUUUUUCUUUCAAUUAAUUCUUUUUUUUAGUGAUAAAAAUUAUAAAAUACAAUAAAUAAAAUGUAUGUUAGUGAAUCAUGUAUACGCAAAAAAAAAUAUUUUUAUAAAACUAUAUUAUUAUUAUUAUUUUCUUUUUAAAACGCUCUGUGAAAUCCGUCUAUAUGUUGAGGUAAAUCGUAAUUUAGGAAGUAUUUUAUUGUUCUAUUGGUAAAGUUUAUUACUAGACUUUAAUUAGCAUCAGAAGUUGCUAAUCGGGCGAGUUCAAAAUAAACUUAAGACAGCUUUAUUUUGAGGCAAUUUUGAACACCUCGCCUGUUUACCUACAUAUGCUGCUGAUUCUAGUUAUAUGUAUGUUUUUCUUUAAGCGGAGACGUUUAUUUAUAUGUUUGUCUUUAAGAUGUCACCACAUUGUAGACAUAUAUUGUACUCGUAGUUAUCAUCAGUGCCAUUAUAAUAUUUUAGUUGAUGUGUAAUUGUAUCACGACAGACUUCCAAGAUGGCGGCGUCAUUCCCAAAGAUUUCGAUUUACACCUUAUUUCAUUUUAAUAAGGUAUUCAUGUAAUACCUUGUUUUUGCUGAAAAUUAAGAACUAAAAAGUUCUUAUCUCGUUGUGGUAAAGUCCACAUUUCAAUGUUUAUAGGAAGUUAUAUACAUAUCAUUCUACUUCUAAAACAUCCUACCGCCAAUGUUUUUAAUGACACGUAGCAUACUCGUAUAAUUAUUAUUACCAUAGUGUUUUAAGUUUUCGAUAUGAUUAUUAGUGAUUUAACAAUAUAUUGACUUGUUAGCAUUUAAGUUUAAUGUGAGAUUUAUUUCACCAGGAAGUAAAUAUUCCGACAUACAAUAAAAUAAACGCUGUGAAAUAAACCAUUAUUACUAAACUAUUAUUCAGACAGGGUCAUAAUUUUGCGUAAAAAAAUUAAACUAACAGUUUUUAGUUUAUUAAAUUUGCUGGUGUAGGUAGGUAAUAUUAUUUCAUUUCGCAUUCCUCACAUCAAUUUAAUCAUAUAUUUAGAAAAUUGUUAGUUUAAUCACACUCGUUGUGGUCUCCCAAAGACCGAUACACAGAACAAAAUGACUAAUUAUAUUAUGGUAACUUUAUAGUUAUCUUAUUAUGAAUGACUAUGUUCUUUCUGUGAUUCGCACAAUGUGUUUAAAUGUGUCGAAAUUAAUUGUAUUGUUUUUAAUAAAUGACUAUGAUGUA